CACGUGAUCAUUUGAUGAGCAGAAUUCGUUUUUUUAAAUUGUCAUAUAAUUCUUCUAAAAAUGGACAAUCUAGAACAAUUGAAAAAAAGAAUAUAUUCGGUUCUACAGUCGUCUAAAUCAGCCAUCACUGAUAAUGAACUCAGAAUGCGUAUUGGCAAUGCUGAUGUUGCACUUCGAUUAAGUGCUUUGAAUUCAUUGAUUAGUGAGAAAAAAAUCCAAACCAGGGAUGGCCCUGGAAAUAAUGUGACACAUUUUGAACUGUUUGUUGAAGAAAAAAGUCAUGAAGAUAUUGUUCUAGAUGUAAUCAGAGCAGCGGACAAUAAUGGUAUUUGGAUUCGUGAUAUCAGAUCAAAAACAAAAUUGGCCGAACUUGUUCUCAAUAAAGUGUUAAAAAGUUUGGAAAAUAAAAAACUAAUCAAAUCAAUAAAAGCCAUUUCGAAUAGAAAAUUAUAUUUCCUGUUCGAUCUUCAGCCUGAUGAAACAAUAACUGGUGGCGCCUGUUAUGAUUCCGGUUCAAUACGGGAAGAUGUUGUUCGAAAUCUAAAAACUACAUGUCUACAACAUUUAUAUGACAAAUGCAAAAGUUCAUUUGAAAAAGCUGUUGCCAGAUUUGAUGCUAACUGUAGCGAUAAUGAUGAUGAUUUUACUGAUCAAGAUUUUGAUCCAGUCUAUGCUAGUGCAUCGGAUAUUUUCAAUGAAUUCAAAGGUGCAAAAUUAUUUCAUGAUAUAAAAAUGGCCGAUAUUGAAAAUAUUCUCAAUGUAUUAUGUUUUGAAUGUAAAAUUUUGAAAAAAACCAUCGGUGAACGAUCAUUGUUUCGAUAUAAUCCAUUGAAUCGUGAUAAAUCCGAUUUAUUCUAUGCUCCCUGUAUGAUAUGUCAUCUAUAUAGAGAUUGUAAGCCUGGAUCGGUACGGAUUUCACCGGAAAAUUGUCGAUAUAUAAAUUAUGAAUUAUUUUGAUUUUUUUCUUUCUUAUCCAAUAAAUUUGCUUGAAAUAUAAACAAACUAA